GUCCUCCUAUGAAAAUAGGAGAAAUGUCCAUGGAGUAGGCUAGGCUGCAUAGCCUACAGAUCUACAUACUGAUUUAGGCUGGGUCUAGGCUACUUGUUUUAUUAAUCUAGUUCUGUGAGUAUGAUCUAAUAUUUAUUGAACCAAUUCUGAUAUUGGUCAUUGCUCCGUCGAAAUGCUGUGCAAGCUGAGUUUUUACAUGGUUGACGCUCUGAGGCUUGCCCCCGGGUCUUGAACUGGUGACGGGACAUCCUGCGCAUUAGUAGCGCAACGCCGAGACUCCCAAAUGUAGACAAGGGAGCCUCCCAUUUACGGAAGUACAUUCGAGUUUUCAGCGGCAGGUUUUGUUUUACGCUGGCAAAUGUGAAGUAGCGUUUGCUUUUCAUCUAAGCAAUGCCAGAAAAACAUACCGUAUCCAAACUUAAAAGAAGGAAAACCUCAGUUGAAGAAUGUAAAUCUGAUCAAGCUCAUCGGACUGUACUUCGAGAGAGCAUCGGAAGUUCCCUUGCACAACAGGAACAGCGACCAAGCUGCAUCAGAGCAGCCUACUGCCCCAGUGGAGCGGUGCGUGAUGGACAGGGCUGGUGGGCCCGGCCUGGGCUGCCCCCGCUGGAGAGGCUGUGGGCUCUCACCCUGCAGGCCUUCAGUGCCCAACCUCCAGAACCUUCCGCCACAGAGCAGCUGCCCGAACUCCCGCCGCCGCACACACAGACAUGUGCCAGGGUGAAGCGAGGCGAGUGGAGGUGGUGUUGCCUUGGCGACGAGGUGGGCGCUCUUCCAGAGCGGCCGGCGGUGGCCCAGCGUGCGCCCGCCGGCUCUGCCAGCUCAGGUCAGCCCGUGCCCGUCGCCCCUGCCAACGCCGUGCCCACGGAGACCACGUGCCUCUCGCGCCGCCGCGCAGCUCCGGAGCCCGAGCGCGUGUGUACCGAUGCCAGCGGCCGGGCCCGUGGCACCGCGGGUCACGAGGAAGAGGAGGAGGACGAGGAAGAGGACGGCGGGCACAGCCGCGGCCCUAUCGCCGUGCCAACCGAGGCGUCUCAGAGGCGGAGCCAGGGCGGCGACGGAGGGCGGAGGGGCAUCGCCGCGGCGACUGGCAGGCCCAAAGGCUGGCGAGAGUCCGCGGCUGGCACCGCUGCCACGGCAACAGCUGGCGUCAGGCUGGACACGUUCUUCGGUGGCGGCAGGGGAGGAGGAAGAGGAGGAAGGGCGAAGGAGGAGGGGAUCAAGCGGCGCCCCACAGACCAGCGGUCAGGGACCCAGGCGCCCCCCACCCCCUCACCAGGGCAGCAGGGGGCAUCCGCCGCAGCAGCAGGGGCAGCAGGGGCAUCCGGGGCAGGAGGCAGUGGGCUGGAGUGCUGCCCUAUGUGCCUGAUGCCUUUCCCUGCAGGGUUCACCCAGAUGGACUGUGAUGGCCAUCUUGCCCUGUGCCUGUCUGAGAUGAACACAGACAUGGUGUGGUGAUGCUUUCAUAUGUCCUUUGUGUGUGUGUGUGUGUGUGUGUGUGUGUGUGUGUGCAUGCAUGUAAGAGAGAGAGAUAGAGAGAAUGGGUCCUGUACUGUUUGUUAAUAAAUUGU